AUGCCUCCUAAGAGGCACUUCAAGAAGAAGAAGCCAGAGUCGCCCUCAGCGGCUAAACCGCCAAAGCGAGUUAAACACUCGACUUUCCUUAUGGAAGCUAUGUCUAAGAAGACAAAAGACUCUUUUAAAGAAGCAAAUGCUUCUAAAAAAGCAGAGGUUACUGAAGUAACAAGUGCUUUUAAAGCACCUGAUGUUCCACUAACAUCGCAAGUUGCUAAAGCAACAAGUGCUUCUAGAGCACCUGAUCUAUUAGUGAAUACAUCUCCUGAGGAAGAAGAAGUAGUUGGUCAAAGGCAAACUAGAAGUCAAUCUAAAGAGAUUGCUCGUUCUUGA